AAGUUGUAGGGGAUCGACACGCCGAUGCUAAAGCUUCGCUUCUAUACGAGUCAAGGCGCGGCGAUCUCUAUCCGUUCAGGGUGCUACGAUGCCUGACGGUACCCUGCCGAGGCUACUCUGACGUCUGUUCUCGAUACUGAGAAACCAGCACAAGCCCAGAUGCCUAGGGGUAUAAAGCCUGCGGAUGUGCACAUUUCUAGUGUAUGUUACCUCUCCCCCAGUAGUAGCACCUUGCUCAUCCGAGUAUGGUACUGAUUCGAUGCGCUCCCGCCGUGCCGCCCUCGUCGCCCUGGCCCUGGCCGGCCAGCGCUUGGUCUCGUCGCAUAGCUUCGUAUCCAACAUCAACAUCAACGGCCUUUCGUACGAUGGCUUCCGCCCCACCGAGCCAGAUGCUCACCCCUAUGCUAUAGGUUGGUCGACAGCGGCACUCGACCAAGGCUACGUAAAUCAAACAGGAUACCGUACCGAAGAAAUCAUAUGCCACAGGGGGGCAGAGAAUGCAAGGGGGUACGCGCCGGUUCCCGCCGGUGGCAUUGUGCAUAUUCAGUGGAAUGGCUGGCCGCAGUCGCACAAGGGACCCGUGAUGGAUUAUCUGGCCUCCUGCAACGGUCCUAGCGAAACAGUCGAUAAAACCAGGUUGCGGUUCUUCAAGAUUAACCAGGUCGGGCUCGUGGACGGGUCUGAAGCUCCAGGGAUAUGGGGAUCGGACCAGCUCAUCGCGAAUAACAAUUCUUGGGUGGUUGAGAUCCCCCGACGUAUUCGACCUGGUUUCUACGUCCUGCGGACCGAGAUCAUAGCUCUGCACAAUGCCUCCUACGAGAUCGGGGCGCAAAACUAUCCCCAGUGCAUAAACCUGCAGAUCACCGGCGACGGUCCCGAUUUGCCUGCCGGAGUUCCUGGCCAGGCACUUUACGACCCCGAAGAUCCUAGCAUGCACCUCGAUAUCAGUGGCGGCAUACCCGAAUACACGAUUCCGGGGCCACCCCCUAUCGCAGGGAUCGAAACUGUCACGUUGAGCCACCCUAUGCCAACUGGAAGCGGGACUCCGCGCAUAGGAACCGCUGAAGCCGCGAUAGCAACUCUAGCCGAGAUAGCUGAUCGGAUAUAUAACACUUUGGGCCCUGACGUAUAAUAGACAAGAUGUGUACGCUGCAUGACAGGCUGAGAUGACAUGGGAAACAUUGUGUAUAUUUCUACGUAGACAUAUAACUUGUUAGAACACGGCGAUCUUAACGAC